AUGAAAAAUAAGGUAACCGUGUUAUAUUUUGCUGCUUUAAAAGAUAUUACUGGUAAAGAAACGGAAGAAAUUGAAGUUUUGAAGACUAUAAGUUUAAAGGAAUUAUCUGAUAUAUUAAUAAGCAAGUAUGGAACGAAAUUUGAAGAACUUUUAUCGAUUUCUAUGUAUGCAGUGAAUAUGGAAUAUAUUGAAAAGGAUAAGGAAGUCACUACACAUAUACAUCAAAAUUCAGAAAUUGCUAUCAUUCCUCCUGUUAGUGGUGGCUAA